AUAACAUCCACUAAUAAGAAAUAUUUCUUAAAUUCUAAAUUUAUUUCUUUAAAAUCUUUUGAAAAUUAAUGAUUAAAUAACAAUGGAUUAAAGUUAAAGGUGAAAUUCUAUCAAAGUUGAUUUUAAUAUUUCACAAUACAUAAUUGGAUAACACUCCCAAAAUCUCCAACAUGUGAAUAUGGCACGUCAUUGGUUGUGAUAAUUUUUAUUACGGUCAAACUCUCUAGAUAUUAGGAUUUGCCUCUCUCUCUCUCUCUCUCUCUCUCUGACCAUUAUGUUUGAUUAUUUUUGAGUCAAUAUAUUAUUCUGAAUCAUCGCACUCACUCACUAAAUGAAACCCAAAUGAUUAGAACAAGUUAGACUUGCAAGAAAUCCGAUUUGUCUCUGUUCAUGAGGAACAAGAAUUGUUUGCCGCUCCAUUCUACUAUUGACGCGGAAUGCUUUAGGGAUCAGCGUGCCACUAGAUUGAUCAACUACAAGGGUAAAUUAGGUGGGAUUGAUUUGACGUAUGAUGAGGCUGAUGCCAUUGUGUUGAGUAUGUCGGUUCUAGAGGAUGUCGAGAAAGAGGAAUGGUCGAAAUAUGUCUACACUUUGCCUCACAAUGACAUUGGUGUCUACAAUGUUUUUGUCGUUGGUAUGACGGCUAGAGGUGAAAUUGUUUUGGCGGAGAAGUAUACAUCAAAACCAUUUUAUGUUUUGUACUUCAAUCCGGAAAAGAACACUCUCCAAAGUGUUGAAAUCCAAGGUGUUGGACCUAACGGUGAAGCGUUUGAGACUGAUUGUAGAGUUUACGCCUUUGUAGACCAUGUAGAGGAUCUUAGUGUUCACUCUCAUAUCGAGCAUCACAGUGAAGGCUAUGGCUAUGGAGAUGGAGAUGGAUAUGAAGAUGAAUAUGAAUAUGAUGAAGAAGAUGAGAGUUAG